GAUGCGUGAGGGCGACUGACUCCCCUGCGGCGCCAUCUUGGUAAAGGGCGGAAGUUUUCCUGCGCGGAGGAGGCGAGCGAGCCGUUACACCUGGCAACGGGCCGUGGGGGGCUUUAGUGCGGCUGCGCGGCAGGCAGCUGCCCGUCUGCGUGGGAUGAGCUGCCCGCUGCCCUGCGUCCUGCUUGCACUCAUGGGACUGCUCUUCGCCAGAACGAUGGCCUGGACUUCGAGCGGGAAAACCCACCCGGAGCUAGUCAACAACCUCUACAAAAAAGGGAUAAUUAAAUCCCAGCGAGUCUUUGAUGUGCUCUUGGCUACUGACAGAGGUCACUACAUCAAAUAUUUCCCGUACAUGGAUUCCCCUCAGUCUAUCGGAUACAAGGCUACAAUCAGUGCACCGCAUAUGCAUGCCCAUGCACUGGAAUUGCUAAAGGAUCAGCUUGUGGAAGGUGCAAAAGCGCUGGAUGUUGGAUCUGGAAGUGGAUAUCUUACAGCUUGCUUUGCCAGGAUGAUGGGCCCAACAGGGAAAGCGGUGGGCGUAGAGCACAUUAAAGAGCUGGUACAUGAAUCCAUCAGAAACGUCCAAGAAGAUGAUCCAACUUUGCUCAGCUCUGGACGUGUAAAGCUUGUGGUUGGAGAUGGCAGGCAGGGAUACCCCGAAGAGGCUCCUUAUGAUGCCAUUCAUGUUGGAGCGGCAGCAGCAACUGUACCAAAGGAGUUGCUGAAUGAAUUAAAGCCAGGAGGUCGGUUAAUAUUGCCUGUCGGUCCCGAAGGUGCAAACCAAGUUCUGAUGCAGUACGACAAAACCAGUGACGGGCAGAUCAUCGAAACGCAACUGAUGGGCGUGAUCUAUGUUCCUCUGACAGAUAAGGAAAAGCAGUGGCCUCGGUAAAAAUUUGCUCUCCUUUGAGGAAUGUUUCUUCCUCACAGUCUCUGUGAGCUUGCUCUCCUUGACUGCUGGCUUUACUGACAGACAGAGUCCUGGAUUCCUAGCAGAUGCUGUUUGUAAAAGAGAGAAGAAAGAGACUUGGCUGUGGUAAGGCACAGCAGGAGAGCAGGAUGUAUUUUCUGUUAGAUAGGUCUUGAAGACUGAGGACUCCAGCUUUUUUUCUUUUUUUUUGGAGCCUGCACACUUUCAUAAACACCAUAGCCUUGUUGAUUCUGUUGCUGAACUGAAGGCCGUGAAUAGUAACUGUUGGUUUUUCUUUGCCUCAGGGAUGAAUUCUGACAGAUGGAUGGAUAUCUCUAAAGUGACCUCAGAAAGCUCAUGAAUGGGACUUAUAACUGUAGAUGGUCUGUAUGGUUUUGCUUUUUGAAUGGAAGCUUUGUCAGCAGAUGCGCUUGCAGAGGCAAGUUCUGCUUUAGCAGAGCUCGCUACAGAGGGAUGGAGAAAAGGGUGUUUCUCCAGGAGCAGGGAUAGGCUCUCGGAGGCCGUGUCUGGUUCCGGGCAGUGACUGGAUCCAGCUGUCCUCUCUGAUAAGCUGUAGAUAACAUCUAUUCACAGAGAAUUCCAAAAGCAGACGGGAAUACUUAAACCUUCACUAAAAACACUCUUUAAUAUUGCUUACUCGUCUUAUUUUC